CAAUGUAAAAAAAUUGUCCAAUUCAAUUUUUCAGUUCAGAAUUUUUUCUUUUGGCAAAAUAAUCCAAUUUUAUUUAACUAAAAGCAUAAAACAUUUUAAAUAUAUAUUGUAUUUUUUUGUGUAACUUAUAAUGAAUACUUUAAAGGUGUUGUCAUGUGUCGCCGCACGCGAUGCACUGCGUGGAAGCAGUGUAACAUUGCUGUUACAAAAUCAGCCGCGAAAGGGCAUAUCCAUGCGUCCAGUGCAUAAAACCAAAGAUACCAUAGAUAACUCUGAAUAUCCGCGAAAGGUCUUUUCUGGCAUACAACCCACUGGUGCUUUACAUUUGGGCAAUUAUCUUGGUGCAGUACAAAAUUGGACAAAGUUACAGAAUGCCAAAGAGGAUGUAUCAUUUUGCAUUGUCGACAUGCACUCAUUAACAGUGCCACAAGAUCCUAUCACUCUGCGUGAAAACAUAUUUCAUAUGGCUGCAGCAAUGUUGGCAUGUGGCAUUGAUCCCGAAAAGUCUACAUUGUUUGUUCAAUCAGCUGUGAAAGAACAUGCAGAGCUGUCAUGGAUAUUGGGCUGCAUGACAACUAUGGCACGUUUGGGUCAUCUGCCACAGUAUAAGGAGAAGACACGAGCAGUGAAAGAAGUGCCAUUGGGCUUAUUUGUUUAUCCAGUGUUACAGGCAGCGGAUAUCAUGCUUUACAAAUCAACCCAUGUGCCUGUUGGUGAGGACCAAAUACAGCAUAUACAACUUACGCAACAUUUAGCACGCACAUUCAACACCAAAUACGGCAACACGUUCCCGAUUUGCCACGCUGUCAUUAGUGAUAAGAGUGCGGCGCGCAUACGUUCCCUGCGUGAUCCCAGCAAAAAGAUGUCCAAAUCCGAUGUUGAUCCAAAAGCGGUUAUAAGUCUAACCGACGAUGCCGACGUCAUCAUAGAAAAAGUCAAAAAGGCCGUCACAGACUUUUGUUCGGACGUGCACUAUAGUCCUGAAACACGCCAAGGCGUUAGUAAUCUAAUAAGCAUACAUUCACUGCUUUCCGGUAAGAGUGUGCAACAAAUUUGCGAUGAGGCCAAGAGCAUAGAUACCGGAAAAUACAAAAUGAUCGUAGCGGAAGAGAUUGUUGAACAUCUGCGUCCCAUACGUAAUAAAAUCAAUCAACAGCUGUUGCGGCGCAACGAAUUGGUAUAUUUGCUGGAGAUGGGUGCUGAGAAAGCGCGAGAAACCGCUGCUGCUACUUUAGCAGAAGUAAAGCAAAAGCUUGGCAUGGGUGCCUUACCCAAUAUGCCAGCCAUAUUAGAACACAAGGAGGAGGUGAAAGUUAUACCGAAAGCUAAGAAGCCAGUAGUUGAGACGAAAAAGGUUGGUGACGUUGAGGUGCCACUAGUGCCGAAACAACAAUUGCGCGUCGAGAAAAAGCAACAAAUGCGUGUUGAAAUCCAAACAAACACGGAUAUGGAUUUAAAUGUGCCACCGAAAUUGGACAUUAAAACAGCAGCGCCGGCAAGCAAGCCAGCGGAAGCAUCGUUAGCGGUUACGACAAAGGCUUUGGUACCAAAGAAGUCAAUGGAUGCCAAUGAAGUGAAGGGAGACAAGCAACAAAAAGAGAUAAAGAUUUAGGUAUUAAUGUAGCAAAUUCUUUAGUACCGUUAAGUUGUUCCACUGGCUGUGUGUGAGAUUUUCGUGUGCGUGCGUAUUUAGGUGCGUUUUAUUGUAUAAAUUUUCUGUGCGUUAGGUUAUUUUAGAGCGUUUAUUUUAUUUUCUGCUAAUUUUUGUUUUGAACACUAAUAAGUAGCAAGCGUAAAUUUGCUACUUAAGCUUUAAGCUGACAAAUUAAAAAAAAAUGCAAUUUUUUUCUAAACUUAUUUUAUAAUUAAAUUUUGAUGCGGAAAAUAAAUUUGCGCUAUUGAAAAAAA